CACUCCUUAUCGCCAGAGAAGGCGCGCCUUACUCGUCAUUGCGCAAUGCAAUGACGGAGUUCAAUUUCCUAAGCGCCUGGGGCAUCGAGCUGAGCGAUGCCUCUAAACAGGAGAUCUCUCAGCAGGCGAACUCUUUGAGUAAGAAGGAUAUCGAGGAGUACAUCAAGGACUCGGACCUGCGGAAGUUGAAGCACGGCACCUUGUUGCCCAAGGAGCUCACGCGACUCUCCUCCGGAACGAUCCCGCCUGGGCAGUACCUGGUUCAGCUGCAGAAGGUGGCUGACAUCACUCAACCCACGAAGUUCCAGGAGGAGUUUGAGGGCGGCAAGUGGCGGCUCUUGGCUUUGGACCUCUCCGCGGGAGAUCAGCGCUUCAAGGCGAUCGAGUUCGACUCGGUGAAGUCCUUGGGUGUGCAUUUGCCGCCGGGCACCAAGCUGCUGCUCUACUCCACCAGCAAAGAGCCUUUGCGUGUUCAAAACGGGCACGUGCUCUUGGUCCCGAACGCGGUGGAGGUCCUGGGGGGCUACGUUGACGGCCUCGUCGCGAAUUGGAAGGCUGACAAGGAGGUGAAAGAGACGCGCCUGCUGUGGAGGACGGACGGCAUCAAGAAGCACGCGGUGGACGGUGAGGGCGCCCCACCCUGGGUGGACUUCGAUCCCAAGAAGGCUCCUCGCGGCACUGCUCAUCGAAAGCAGUUCGAUGAGGAGAGGGCGGAAUGGCGCAAGGGCAAGGCGACCCUCAGUGUGGAGACCUCCAACAACAGGGAUGACGACGGGCCAAGGUUCCAGAAAGAUGCCUUUGUGGAAGGUGGCGCGCAGGUGAAGACGCAGGUCUCCAGCAACGCCUUUGUGCAAGUGGAGAGCGGCAAGGGCAAGGGGAAAGGCGAAGGUAAGGACCGGCGCAAGGGCAAAGGCGAUCGAGAAGGAUGGGGCCGAGGCAAUGAUUACGAAGAGGAGAAGCGUGCUCCCACGCAGGCCACCUCCUCUCUCGCGGCUUUCAUCAAGCCCACGAAGAACGGGGAGCUGCCUGAGGCGGCGAAAGCGCUGGCUUCAGCUCCGGCGGAUGAGUGGGCAGGCGAAUGGGGUGAGAGCUGGGGUGACGCCUGGGCCGAAGGCUGGGCAGCAUCCGGCUGGAGCGGAAGCUCUUAUGGCAGAAGUAAAGGAGGAGGUGGAGGCGGAAACCGCAAGGGCAAAGGUGGCGGUAAAGGUGGCAAGGGCAAGUGGAGAUGAUCGAGCAGAAGUCGCAAGACGCGCGAG